AUCAUUUCCAAAAUGGCGACGACCGACUUUUCAGUGAAAGAACUGACGUUUCACGGGAGUAUGUAAACAUGCAAUAUCACGACAUUUAGAAGCGAUUGUGCAUCAGUGAAUGCGGACGUUUCUCCAGAUUUGGUGGUUAACGAGACCCAUAGCUUAUUAAAUAACAUAGCAUGCUGCUAGGUUUACAUUUGACUGGUUUCAAACGGACUUUUAAGGCUUACCGGGAUUUCCACCUGCGACUUUGUAACUUUAAAGUAGUCCACAUUUCUAUGGAGAUAUUCAUUCGCUUUUUAUUUGUGGGAGUCGACCAAUAACGUAAGCCACAUUUUUAAGCAGGGCUACCUAUCCCUGAUCAUCUUAUGCUUACUUUGGGACACCAUUCUACCCACAAGAGCCACCAAAUUCAUUAAGAUGCAGGUUAUAGAGCAUCCUGUUGAGAGACUUCACACUGCUCUCCUGUCCACACAUAAAGAUCUUAUAGCCUCGUACCAGCAGUUCAGCACAGCAGAGAAGACACUUUUAGAGGAAGGACUCAAACCUGGCAAUUCACUUUUCAGACCCAUCACCAUUCACUCGGACUCUGACUGGAUUCCUGCACAUCCAGAAGAUCCCCAAGACUUUCAGAGUUUUUACGGACACCGAUACCGCAGGUCUCCAAACAGUGGACAUAGGACCAUCUACAUUCAAACUAUUGGCUCUUUUGGGGAAGGAGGUGUCUUGGCAGAACAGUUUGUUGAAUGGCUAAAGGACUACUGCCAGGCGUUUUAUUACGGACUUGAGGUGAAGCUUUUACCAUCCGUAACAGUUGCUUCAACAGCUUGUACGUUUCGCAUCAACAGUAACACGCACAACCUUCAGCUUCAUGCCGGAGAUCUUUUGGACUUCUUGAAAAAGAGGAAACCUAACGAUGCAUUUUGCAUUGUGGGGAUCACCAUGAUUGAUUUAUACCCAAAAGAGUCAUGGAAUUUUGUUUUUGGACAAGCUUCCCUAACUGAAGGAAUGGGGGUGUUCAGCUUUGCCCGAUACGAUGAUCACUUUUACAAAAAAAACUAUGCAGGGCGGCUAAAUAAGACAACAAAGCCAAAGCAAGGAGAUUACUCCGUGUUCCAGAAUUACUACACUCCUCCGAUCACAAGCACCCUCCUCCUGCGUUCAUGCAAGACCGUGACUCAUGAAAUUGGACAUAUAUUUGGUAUGAAGCACUGCCAGUGGCUGCAGUGUGUCAUGCAGGGCUCCAAUCACUUAGAAGAGUCUGACCGUAGACCACUUGAUCUCUGCCCCAUAUGUUUGAGAAAACUGCAGUCUUCUAUUGGAUUCAAAAUAGCUGAUAGAUACAAGGCUUUACUGCACUGGAUUGAAGAUGGAAAUGACGGCGCUGGACAACACUCAUCCAAACCCACACAAGCCUUUCAAGAGAGUAGACACUGGAUUUCCGAGUGCUUGAAAAUAUUGGAAAGUGAAACAUUGUGAGGCAAUCAACCAGAAUGAUAUCUAGAUUUGCUAUGUGUACUUAGUAGCUUUGGUCAAGGUUAUAACUUAAUUUAUUGGGCCCAGAAAACAUUGAGUGAUGCCCCUCUUGUCUGGGCUAAAUGAGAUGUUGGGCCAUUCCUCAUCAGGGGCUCAGGUCAAUGGUUUUAGAAGCAACUUUUUUGUUUUGUCAAGUUUUUUACUUAUGUGCAGGUCUGGGCAUUUACUGUAUAGGGGCAUUGUCAUGUUAGAAAAGAGCUCUGCCCAAACUGUUGCUAUAAAUUUAGAAGCACACAAUUCUUUAAAAUGUAAUUAUAUGCUGUUUUAAGAUUUAUGCCUGAUUUAGAUUUAUUUAUGCUGUAUUAAGAUUUAUAAACCUGUUUAUUACAAAACGUUUGUCCAUAUCUGAAGUAAACUAAUCAAAGCUGUGUAUCUGUCUUUCUGCUGUUCUACUUUCAAUGUAUCUGUUAUAUCAGAAAACAAUUGUCAAACAAUAAUCAUAAAAAGAACAUAUCUGUAU